UCUUCCUUCUCUCAGCUGCCUCCACUGCAGGCCAGGAGCUAUCCAGUGCUGAACAAGUGAAUUUUUUUUUCAGAGGUGUAAGAGGGUAUGUGUGUACAGUAGCAAGCACACACACACACACAGUAUUGUAUCAUCAGACAUUUCUCUCUCCUCCUCUUCGUUUCCAUUUUUUACAUUCAUUCUUUUUCUUUCUGGAACGUGGACCGUCUUUUAUUCUAAAGGGAUUUCAUUUGGGACAGCUGAAAGAUUUUCUCCAGGAUUUUUACCCCCUUGACUCUCUGUCUGCAGCCGAUGUGAGGGAUUUCUGGUGCGUCUGCGUGUGUGCAACCGUGUGUGAAUCAUGCCGCGUUCAUUUCUGGUGAAGAAAAUCAAACUGGAUGAUUUCUCCUCGUCUCCUGUGACAACAUCUAAUCAUCAUCACCAUCAUCAUCAUGAGCUCGAUGACUCCUUUACACGCUCUCGUUCAAGCCUGGGUGUCCGGCUCUGCGAAAAUGGCUACAUCCAGGAUUACAUCAGUUCUUCUACAUACACGGGGGAGAAGCAGGCCAACAUGAAGCUGGGCUCUGGGUUGUCAGAUCCACUGUACUCCCCCGUCAGCAGUGGAGGAGGCGAGUACUGCCAACCUGACCUGGAGCAUCCUGACAGCCCUCAGUCCGGCCUCACGGCCCGCAGAUACUUCAGCAGCGAGAGCGAAUCUCUGUCCGAGGGUUAUACCAUGGAUGCACUGUUAAUAUCUGAUGGCCGCUCGAGGAGGAAAGGAGAGGUUACAGAAGCAAGGAAAGGUGACACAGAAGAGAAAGAACCAGAAGGCCCCAACGGAGGCCCCAGACACACCUGCAAUGAGUGCGGAAAGACCUACGCCACCUCCUCCAACCUGAGCAGACACAAGCAAACCCACCGCAGCCUUGACAGCAAGAUGGCACGCAAGUGUCCUACCUGCGACAAGGUUUAUGUGUCCAUGCCAGCUCUGGCCAUGCAUAUCCUCACUCACAACCUCAAGCACAAAUGUCAUGUGUGCAGUAAAGCUUUCAGUCGACCGUGGCUGCUGCAAGGGCACAUGCGAUCACAUACGGGUGAAAAACCCUUCGCCUGCGCCCACUGCGGGAAAGCCUUUGCAGACCGAUCCAACCUGCGAGCGCACAUGCAGACGCAUUCAGCCUUCAAGCACUACUGCUGCAAACGCUGCAAUAAAACCUUUGCGCUGAAGUCCUACCUGAACAAGCACUACGAGUCCGCCUGCUUCAGAGGCUCUGGAGAUGAGGACGAGUCUGGUUCUGAGAAUUAAUGAUACCAGACGCAGGACAAAAGAAAGAUGAAGAAGAGAUCAUUGUUAACACAAUGACCCCACCCCCCGCCACACACACACACACUCUCCCUUUUUUAAAAAGCAAUAUUUUCAACAAGAAACCCCCCGCCCACCCCAAACAAACCCAAUAAGAAGAAGACAAUAAUGAAUAGAUGCUGGAUUUUUUUCUUUUGUUAAAAAAGACACUCUUGUACAGACACUUACAAUUAUGAGGCCUGGCAUGCACAUUUUUAUGAACAUAAUAAUACUACUAAUAAUAACAAUAAUAAUAAUAAUAAUAAUAAUGAUAAUAUUUAGAUUCCUGAUUUUUUAUAGCAAAUCAUAAAAAAGACAUAAAAAAGGACAGCAACAGGUUUGUGCUUUUUUUUGUAAAAUGAAAAUCAAUUUGUAUUUUUAUGCUGCUCUUUUAUUUUAAAUUCUUUUGCAACUGACAACAUUAACUUUUUAUGAAAAUGUGAAUAAUGACAGUAUUUGCAAAAAACAAACAAACAAACAAACAAAAAAACAGAAGAAAAAAGAUUGUAGACCUCUGAAAAGGUAAAACCUUUUGUUACACUUUGGUAUUUAAUUUAUAAGUGUUAUUUUUAUAUUCAAUAUAUAAAAAUAGUUUCUUGAUUCCAUUUUAAUUUAUUGAUUAUUUAUUUAUUUAUCUAUUGUGCCAAUCAUUUUCUAUAACUGCUGGUGUGUGAGCAGAGUUACCAUUGGUCUGUUUACCAUGGUUAUCAUAUAGAGUAUACAGCACUCAAGACUCAACAUCUGAAAUGCUUUCAUUAUAAUAUGGAUGACAGGGACAACAUCACAGGAGAAUUUUUAAACCUCUGCUCACUCUGCUGGUCUUCCUCCACAACUCAACUAAAACUGACUUGUGCUGCAACCGCCUGGAGCUCCACCCCUUGUCUUCCUGCUCCAUGAUUACCUCACCCAGAGGCAGGUAUGGCCCCUAACCUCUCCUCUCUCCAAGCUCUCCAAGCGGCCAUCAUACAAACCUCAUUUCUACCAUUCCAAUAUUAUUGUCGUUAAGUAUUUAUUUAUGCACUAUUUUCAUUUCUCUAUUUAUUAAUGUGUAUUUAUGUAUUUAUUUAUUUUGUUCUGUGUUAUGGAUACUAAACUGCCGUUGACCUUUUAAGAUGCUGCUUUUUAAUAACUCUUUAUAUGCAUGAUUCAGCUGUAGAGGGAUUUUAGUCUUUUUUGGAGAGGAACGUAUGCAGUGUUUGAGGCAGAAAACUUCAGGUGAUAAUGCUUUGUUUAUUGGGCAAUAAUUCUUCUUAGGAACAGCAACUGUUAGCUGUUAACUGUUAUAAUCACAGCUGUCCUGUUAGCAGUCAAUGUAUAGCAAUAAACAAAAACCUCCUUAAUAUCCAAGGUCAUUCUCUCCAUUUUGUUGUUUCUACAACUCCAUUUCCUUCUAAGGAAUGCAGAGCAUUUAUAUAUGGUGUGUUUGACUUCACCCACAUCUGUGUCACAUCACAAGUCAUCUCAAUAUUCAAGAAAUUGCCUUUACACCAGUAAAAACAUGAAUGACAAGUACAACAAAAUCAAAAUGUACUUGUUCUGUUAAUACUUCAAAUUUAAGUGACAUUUUAAUAAAAUCACCUGCAAUAAAUCAUGCAGCCUUUUUAAACAGUAGAAUAGAUUGUUCAUUUACUGUUAUCAUCAUUAUCAUCAUCAUCAUCAUCAUCAUCAUCAUCACAAAUGUAAUAAAAAAUGCCUAUAUCUCAGCAAUGGCCAAGUUUUUGAAUGUAAUUAUAAAAGACUAACACAAUGCAUGACAUAUUUCAUGCAUUUGGUUUUAGCUUGCUCUCCAAAUUAAUCCCAUCAUAAACUGGAGAAGCUAGAUGAUGACAUUAAUUUGACAGAGUUUCAGUGACAUGUGAAAUAGGAGACACAAAUCCUAGACCCAGAAAUAAUGACCACCCUCACUGACCAAUCAGGAUGGAUUAUGCAUGCUGACUGUGUUUGGGCUGAUAGGAGUGCUAACUUUCAGGACAGAGAUGAAACAAAACAGAGGCUUAGGGGCAGUAUUGCUUGAAAUUACUGAGCAUAUGGCAUCAAUGCACUGCUGCUGUAUUAUAAAAGCUGCUUGCAGAUGAAAGACUGAGAAGCACAAUUUCUCAAUCAGUCUCUUAUUCCGCCUGUCCUAUGAAGCAAUGGUAGUUAACAAUAACAAAACCAUUUAUCUUAAAUUGGCUUCGUAUUGAACUAUUUUCCUUAGCAGAGCAGAAAUAUGCCAUAUUCUGUUUAAAAUGUUAGUUACUUAAAGGUGCUGUAAGUGAUUUUAGCCAUUCUACUUCCAUGAGACUGAGCUGUUGGAUUAGCCAAAAAAAAUCCAAAUAUGAUUAUCACCAUCAUGAGAAAUGAGAACAGCUACAAAUGGUAGAAAAUAGACAUACAGCAGAGGCUCCUUACUCUCCAUAUGACCUGAUUAAUACAAACACAUGCAUCGGCAUAUAUUUCACAUACACACAGUGCAGCUGAUGUCAAAUGAAUGCAAGACUAAGAACAGCCAAUAAAAAAGACCAUAAGUGUGCACUCCGCUUCCCAUCUCUUUCUUCCCUAUGGGGUUAACAGGUGUUGGUGGACAGACAGUAGACAGAGAGCAUAAUUUAGUCUGUUUUUGACCUUGUGAGGAAGGUCGAGCAGCAGCAGCCAAAGGCUCUGUCAGCGUUUUGCAUAUUGUAAAAAAGAUGGCACAAUCUCAGUAAUGGGCCAAAACCUGUAGGGAAUAUAUAAUGAGUUUCUCCUCCCACUUUUCUUUCGCUCUUCAUCUCUUUUCCAUCCAUUUCUGACCUCGUAUAUCGGCAUACUGUCUCUCUCGGUGUCCUAGCCGAGUUCUGCAUACCAUUUCGCUCUCAUCACUUAUGGACACCCGUCCUGCUUUUGUUCCUAAAUCAUAUCCCAUAUUUCUGUCAUACCCACAGAUGGAGAACUGAACAUUUCUUUAAACUGGGAUAUUUUCUAUUGUAAUUUUAUCAAAAUCUUUCGAAUAUGGUUGGAAUUUGGAUACAAUUUUUAUUAUGCAAAGCUUGCUGAAAUGUAGAUAAGCUCUUUUAAAAGGCUAUUCCAAAGGACUACAAUCAUAUCUUCAUUCUCUUUUACAGAAAAAUCAAUAAUUGAAGAGACAGAAAAAGUGAAAGAGCUGUUCCUGACAUAAGUGUAAAUAUGUGUAUAUAGAUUUCAGCAAUAAUGAGACAUUGCAUGUGGGAAAAGCUGAUCCCUUUCCUUAUACCUUUUCUGAGCAGUUUAACCCUGGACAGACUGAACAGCAUCAGGAACUUCAUUAGCUCAUUACCUGCUGUAGCUACCAGCAAUAUUAACAAGGGUAAUCAUUCUCUCUGUUCAGCAAGAUCUAUCCUUGUUUCUUUGUCUCUCUCUCUCUCUCUCUCUCUCUCUCCCUCCCUCUUUCUCUCUCCUUGUUUUUCUUUUGUGGAAGUGCCCAUCCUGGCUGAACAAUAAAAUGAAGUGCCAAAAAAAUAAAGAGUUAUUUCCAUGACAAAAGCCUUCAGCAUAUGGUAGGCAACUCACAGCCCUCCAUAUGGUCCUUGAGAGAUUUCAGAUUGUCUCUCUUUUUACCCCAUGCCUUCUCUCUCUCUCUCUAUCUCCCUUCCUUCCUUCCUUUCUAUCUAAAAACGUAUAGAUUUUUCCACUUCUGAUGUAAAUUUUUGCCUGUUAUAAAGGGUGAAGCCAAUAGUGAUAAUGUUUAUGAACAAUAAAAACAAUAGC